GAUUCCAGUUAAAUGACUAGCAGACGCCUCCGAAAUAAAUUAUAGCAUUGUUUUCUGAUAAAAGUAAAAAAAUAUACGUAAUAUAAUUAUUUGAAAAGUUUGAUUUUAUUAUUAAUAAAUAUAGUAUUAAAGUAACUGUUGUACAAUAUCUAAUCAAUUAAUAGUUUUGACGACAACUAACAUCUAAGAGUGUCGUUUAUAGUAUUGCACAACGUAUUGCAAUUAUACUAUAGAUAACUUUAUCGAGCAGAGCUACCUUAAAAAGCAGAGACGAAAACAAUACUUGGUACUCAUUCUUGGCUGUCUGUGCUAAAAAAGACAUGGCUUUGGAAUUAAGCGAUCUGCCUGAUAAAGGAACGAACUGCAGGUAAGGCUGAAAAAAAUGUUAUUUGUUUAAACUAUCACCUCACUCUCUUCAGCUUGUUAGUCUCCAAUAAAAUUAUAUAUAUACUUUAUAUAUAUAUACGUAUAUUACUGAACGUUUUAAAAGAAAUUAAAGCUUGCUUUCAACUACAGUAAUAUUUUUUUCCUCUAGGAAGUUGAAAGGACCAGAAGUUGUUUUUAAAGACGUAUCAUAUAAACUACCAAGUGGAAAACAAACGCUCUUUAACAUAUCUGGAAUAGCACCACCAGGUCAAAUACUUGCAAUCCUUGGCCCAAGUGGUAAAUACUAUUAUAAAAUAGUGUAUUUGCUAUCUAUCUUAUUUUAUCAUAGGGUUUUAAUCGUUUAAUCUACUUAAUAUAUAUAUAUAUAUAAAUUAUAUAUAUAUAUAUAUAUCUUUAGGUCUAUCUACUAGUCACCAAAAUUAGAGUAAUUCUCUGAUUAUUCCUGAUUAAAAAGAUAUAUUGCAUGUAAUAAAUACACAAAGUUUUUUCCUUAUCACAAUGAAGAUUUUAACAUUUAAACAAUGAAAUGCUUGUUAAUUUUUUUCAUAUUAUAUUUUAUAAAUAUUUAAAGGUGCUGGCAAAACGACAUUUCUAAAUGUCCUUUCAAUGCGUGAAACGGAAAACAUCACUGGAAAUCUAUUAAUUAAUGGAGUACAGAUGGGAAAAUCUAUGAAGAGACAAAUGUGUUAUGUUAAGCAAGAAGAUCUAUUUUUCGAGAGAUUAACAUUAAAAGAAACUCUAAUGGUAAAUUUUCUCAGGAGAAAGACUAAAUUAUAAACUACUCAUAUUGCUCUCUCUUCCCAUUUGUCUGGUCAUAAAAGAGGUACACAGCAAUGCUUAGGCUACCAGAUAAGAUGCCUAAGCAGAUGAAAAUUGAUAGAGUCGACGAACUAAUUAAAGUUCUUGACUUACAAAAGUGUAUAAAUACUAGAAUUGGCGGAAUUGAGAUUCAAGGUUUGUCUGGAGGGGAGAAGAAACGAGCUAACAUUGCCUGUGAAUUGUUAACAAAUCCAAAGUUAAUGCUAUUAGACGAGCCAACGUCUGGACUGGAUUCGAGUACAUCUUACAGUUUAAUAAAAACGCUGAAAGAUUACUCAGUAAGACAAGGAAAGACUAUCAUAACUACAAUUCACCAACCGAGUAGUCAGAUAUUUUAUACAUUUGACAAACUAUUGUUAUUAUGCGAUGGAAGAGUAGCCUAUUACGGAAAUGUGAAAGAAGUCACCCAAUUCUUUUCGAAUAUAAAUAUACACUGUUCACCCGAAUACAACCCUGCAGAUUUUAUCAUUGAAAAGGUUAAAGACGAAUACUUGAAAGGCGAAAUAUUUGAAGCUGCAGAAAAAAAAUUACAAACAAUUGAAUGGCCUAGCGAACAAAGGCAGGAAAUUAGUAUGAAAAAUAAUGAGAACACUGUAUCUAAAUCUCAAUCAACCGUGACAUAUGAAAAAUAUAGAAAAUACGAUGAUAUAGAUGCUUUACCCUCUGAAGGAUGUAAUGGUACAUCUGUACAGCUAGAACUCGGUCACGAUUUCUAUACACAAUCCAAAUGGCAAACUAAAUUCACGACUCAAUUAGUCGUUCUAACUAAACGUAACUUUAAGGCGUCUCUGGGUAGAAUUCUGUCGAAGAUGGCCGUUUCUGUUAAUGUAUUUACUGCAAUUGUCAUGAGUCUAUUAUGGUUUCGAUUAAAACGAGAAGAAGACUCACUAAAUAAUCGUAUAGGAAUGAUAUUCUUCAUAUCAAUUCAUCUACAAUUUUCGACUAUGAUAGACGCAAUACAAAGCUUUCCCUUUGAACGUCCCAUAAUUAAUAAAGAAAGGUCUUCUGGUGCAUAUCGCCUAAGCGCAUAUAUAUCAUCAAAGUACUUUAGUGAGACUCCUUUGCAAAUGGUUCUACCCUUUGUUAUUAUAACUUUAACGUACUGGUGCGUUAAUUUACAUGCUCACGCCGGUUAUUUCUGUAUAUAUCUACUUUUGGGCUUAUUAAACGCCUUGGCAGCAUCUGGAGUUGGAAUGUGUAUUGGAUCUAUUCUGAAUGACUUUCAAACCUCUGUAACAAGUGCUGCUAUAUACGGGAUUGUUAAUAUGAUGGCUGGAGGAUGGUUUAUUCGAAAUAUUCCACCGGCCCUUGCCUGGUUGAAGCAUAUAUCUUUGGUUGGUGUAUCAUUUAACUCCCUCCUUAAAGUUGAACUCAAUUAUGGACCCGAUUUAAAAUGUUCUGGACUGAACGAAACGACUUUUGAUAUCUGUAAAAGAAACGGAACUUUACUUUCAGGAAAAGAAGUUAUAAGAUCCUUGGGAUUCACUAGACCUUUGUGGCUUGAUAUACUAGUUUUGUCUUUGAUAGCGAUUCUAACUCGCUUGGUUGUAUAUGCAUCUGCUAGAUAUUACCAAACUGCAAAUGGACCAACAAACCCUUUUAGGAAUUGUUUUAAUAAGAGCUCGUCGUGUCCUAAGGACACCACCAAGAAUCAUCUGAAUAAUAUUAACUUCCCUGUUAACGAUAAUCUCCGUCUAUUAUCCUCUUCGGAAACCGAAAAUUACAACAUUCCCAAAAGGUUUUCAAGACUUCAUCAAACUCUAAAUGAAUUAUUACAAGACAAUGAUUCCAUAAAAUAUCUCUUACGAUAUUUGGAAACAAAAGGAUUUGACCAUUACUUGAAGUUUUGGCUAGAAGUGGUGAGUUUUAAAUCAACGACGACUUCCAGAACAAACGCAUCUAAUCAGGGAAAAAAUUCAAACUUAGCUAAUGGAUUUGCUGAAAAAGGCAUAAGCGAAGACUUGCGAAAUGAUGUUAUGUCACGAAUGUGCAUGGAAGAUGGAUCAGUGGAUCCUAAUUGCUUUAAUCAUUGUCAAAAUUUUGUUUUGGAGUUUAUUUACAGGGCCUUUGAAGGCUAUAAUAAUAGUAAAUUCUUUUAUCAACGUCAAAUAGAUAUUUUGACAUCCAACGUUAGAAUGCCGGAUAUACUAUUUUAUCAGGCAGCAUUUUUCUAUUUUAUGGAAUUUAUGGAAAGGGAGGGCGGCUCUAUUCUCAUAGAAUGCUGGAUAGCAAUGGACAAUUUUGAAUAUGGAGAAUCGGCUGCUCAAGAAGAUGCAAUGGUGAUCUACGAUAAAUAUUUCUCGUUACAAGCAAUCUCUCCUGUAGGAUUUGAUGAUAAGAUUCGUUUUGAAAUUGAAACGAAUAUAUGUCGGGAAGGUGGGCCUUUAAAGGAUUGCUUUCUUUGUGCUCAAAAAGUUGUUCUAUGCUCUCUGGAAAGGAUAUAUCUACCUGUUUUUCUCAAAUCCGAUUUAUACUUGAAGUAUUUAGAUGAACUGAUUUCAGCCGCAAAAAAUCAACAUAAAAGGAACUCAAGCAACGGUUCCAAUAAUUCUAUUCACCAAGCAACAGCGUCUUCUCAUCCAAAAAAGUCCACCGAUAAAGUUAGCGAAAAUUUUACAAUCGAUAAUAGUCUAUUCGAACCCGAUACGCUUUGGCAAAGAGAUGAAGGACAAAUGACUUUAGGUAGAAUAAACGAAUGGGGAGAAUACGUUCGCAGAUUCGAACCGGAACCGGAGAAUGACAAAAGAAACUUUGUUGAAAAAAUAUUCGUAAGAAGUAAGGAAAAGGAUAAAACUGAGGAAGAUAUGGCUAGUCAAGUGGCUAAGAUGAUAAUUAACGAUAUUGUGUCGGUUACGAAGUCUACUAAAAAGUAG